GAGGAAUGUGGCGCUAACCCCACGACACUAUGGCCACUCCCCAACUCCGCCACCAUCUUUCUCGCUCUGUUCCCGUUGUUUGCGCCGGCUUCCGGUCACCGAACCCCAUCUCGAGCCUUCGGCCACAACCUCUCAAAACUUCGAAAUGCAUAAACUUGGCCGUCGAGGCUAACAAACCCCGCAAAUGGGCCAUUCAACUGAGUUUAGUUGAACAUAGCCCCUUCAAAUCAGCAGUUGAUAUUGAGCAACUCGUGGGGUUUCUGUAUGAUGAUCUUCCUCAUCUCUUCGAUGAUCAAGGCAUCGAUAAGACGGCUUACGACGAACGCGUCAUCUUCCGCGACCCCAUUACCAAGCACGAUAGUUUGAGUGGAUACCUGUUUAACAUAGCCCUCUUGAAGACACUAUUUAAACCUCAGUUUCAGUUGCAUUGGGUUAGACAGACAGGCCCAUACGAGAUAACCACAAGAUGGACUAUGGUUAUGACAUUCAUGCUUCUUCCAUGGAAACCAGAAUUGGUGUUUACCGGCACGUCUGUAAUGGGAAUCAACCCAGAGACUGGCAAGUUCUGUAGCCAUGUGGACUUUUGGGAUUCAAUAGAGAAUAAUGAUUAUUUUUCUUUAGAAGGUUUAUGGGAUGUAUUCAAGCAGUUGCGGAUCUACAGGACGCCAGACUUGGAAUCACCCAAAUAUCAAAUAUUCAAAAGGACAGCAAAUUAUGAGGUUAGACACUAUGCCCCAUUCAUAGUAGUAGAAACAAAUGGAGACAAGCUAUCAGGGUCUACCGGCUUCAAUACUGUUGCUGGAUAUAUAUUUGGAAAAAAUUCAACAGAAGAGAAGAUACCUAUGACUACUCCAGUCUUCACUCAAGCCAUGGAUGCUGAAUUAUCCAAAGUCUCAAUCCAAAUUGUUCUUCCCUUGGAUAAAGAAAUAACCAGUUUACCAAAUCCCAAUGAAGAAGUGAUCAAUUUGAGAAAAGUCGAAGGAGGCAUAGCAGCUGUAAUAAAGUUUAGUGGAAAACCUACAGCAGAGAUUGUUUGUGAAAAGGAAAACCUACUUCGCUCUAAUAUCAUUAGAGAUGGUCUUAAACCUAGGAUGGGUUGUUUGCUAGCACGCUACAAUGAUCCGGGUCGAACACCUAGCUACAUAAUGAGGAACGAAGUGCUUAUAUGGCUAGAGGAAUUCUCACUGGAUUAGCAUUGUUGCAGUAAUCACAGGUCAUUCUUGACCAUCAUUUGCCCUGUAAAUUCUCCCUACAUAUUGCCAUUUUAUAUAUAUAUGUUUGAUUGAGCUUACGAAGGGGUGCUUUGGGAGCAAAGAGCAAUAGGGAAGGGAGGUGGGACCCACAUUCCUCUUAGGCUACCUUCCCCCCCCCCCGCCCCGACAAUUAUCCAGAAUUGGAAAGGUUUGUGGGAAAGCCCAAAAGGAAAAAGAGAACAUUAAUGUGCAUAAAUUGAAUGGAAGAGAUAUUUAUGUUCCAUUAAUUGCUGUUCAAGCUGUAAAAUAAGAGUUGAUCUUUAUUGUAACCACUUGGACCUUUUCCCCCUAUUUGUUUCGCCAUGAUGUGCAUUUGCUGCUCCAAGUAAUCAUGCGUCUCUUUCGAUU